CAGUGCAUCGGGACCGGGUGUAAGUUCUCAAUCUUCUUAACGUACGUCGCUGCGUCUAAGAGCUGGCGCUUCAGCAUUUGCUCGAUGAGGUGUUCCAGUGUAUGUGGGAUUGUGCACAUGGGUUGUAUUGCAACGCCUUGAUUCGUGGCCACAAUCUGUCCGCUCAUUUACGUGAGGUUCACGGAAUUCAUGGCACAGACAAGACACGCGUCAUUUGCAAAUGGAAACGUUGUGAUCGGGAACUUCACAAAGAAUCACUCGUCAGACAUGUAGAAGAGGCCCAUAUGGGGAUUUCACAUCCCUGCGAGUGCGGGGCCACGUUCUCGCGCAGAGACACUCUUAAUAGACAUAAGAAAACCUGCCAGUGUUCAGGUCAGUAGUAUGCGGGCAGGGAGUCUCUUACAUAACAUAGAUAGACGCUAGUGCGUGCCAAAAUGAUUAUUCCUUGACUGGUCGCAGGGAGUCUAAUGAUAUUCAUGACUUCUGUUCGUUAGUGCUUGUACGGACUCAUGAUUUGGGAUGUAUAUACUAGUACACCACUAC